UCUCCAUGCAAAACUCCGGUAACCGGUAACCUUCAAAUAAUUUCCCUGCCCACUUCUUCCACCGCCGUCUCUCUCAACUCCGGCCACCGAGUUGAGUCCGAAUCAUGGCCCUCAAAAUUUUUUUCUUCUUCUUUUUAGCCCUUCUGGUACUAAAUACCAAUGCUUCCGAUCUCUGCGCCUCCGGAUCGGAUGGCGAUCUCUCCGUCAUCCCCAUCUAUGGCAAAUGCUCGCCGUUCACGGCUCCAAAGUCAGAAUCUUGGGUGAACACGGUGAUAGAUAUGGCUUCAAAGGACCCGGCCCGAAUUAAAUACUUGUCAACCCUCGCCGCCCAGAAGACGGUGGCAGCUCCGAUAGCCUCCGGGCAGCAGGUUCUUAAUAUUGGGAAUUAUGUCGUGAGAGUUCAACUUGGUACUCCUGGUCAAGUAAUGUACAUGGUUCUUGAUACCAGUAAUGACGCCGCCUGGGCUCCGUGCUCCGGCUGCACCGGUUGCUCCGCCACCACUUUUUCGUCUAAUUAUUCCUCAACUUUUGCGACUUUAGACUGCUCUAAACCGCAGUGUAGUCAGGCUCGGGGUCUUUCCUGUCCGACCACCGGCAACGCCGAUUGCCUAUUCAAUCAAACAUACGGCGGCGACUCAUCGUUUUCAGCCACCUUGGUUCAAGACUCUCUCCAUUUAGGCACUGACGUCAUUCCAAAUUUCUCAUUCGGCUGCAUCAGCUCCGCCUCCGGCAGCUCCAUUCCGCCGCAAGGCCUAAUGGGUCUCGGCCGUGGUCCCCUCUCCCUCAUCUCUCAAUCCGGUUCACUCUACUCCGGUCUAUUCUCCUACUGCCUCCCAAGUUUCAAAUCCUACUACUUCUCCGGUUCACUAAAACUCGGACCGGCCGGUCAACCAAAAUUAAUCCGAACCACCCCACUCCUCCACAACCCACACCGACCAUCGCUCUAUUAUGUCAAUCUAACCGGCAUCAGCGUCGGUCGGGUCCUCGUCCCAAUUUCCCCUGAGCAUCUCGCAUUCGACCCAAACACCGGCGCGGGAACCAUCAUUGACUCAGGCACAGUAAUAACCCGGUUCGUGUCCCCGGUCUACACAGCGGUUCGAGAUGAGUUUAGAAAGCAAGUGGGGGGUUCGUUUUCGCCUUUGGGGGCUUUCGACACGUGUUUCGCAACGAGCAAUGAGGUUUCGGCACCUGGCAUUACGUUUCAUUUGAGUGGAUUGGACUUGAAAUUGCCAAUGGAAAAUAGUUUGAUUCAUAGUAGCGCCGGUUCGUUGGCUUGUUUGGCGAUGGCGGCGGCGCCGAAUAAUGUGAACUCUGUGUUGAAUGUGAUUGCAAAUUUGCAGCAACAAAAUCAUAGGAUUUUGUUUGAUAUUACAAAUUCUAAAUUGGGGAUUGCUCGUGAGCUUUGUAAUUAGGCUUUGAAUCAACAAUAAUGGUGACUAAGGAUUUUGAUUUCCUUCUUUGGUUGAAAGAGUGGAAGUUUGGAAGAUUAAAGAACUUAUGAAUAAUUUGGAAAGUGUAUCAAUAUUAUUUUAGUAGGAUUGAUUUGUGAGUUUCUUUCAAUUUGA